ACGUUGGAAAAUAGGUCGCUAUGGUAACGGACGAAACGUUGCAAAGAUUAGCUCGCUAGCAGCUGUGUGACUUCUUUAUUUCCUCUUCCUUCUUGCAUACGAUCUUCUGUAAUUGUCAUGCGAUGGAGGGGUCCGACACAUACCUCAUACGACCUAAUCAUCAGUACAAGUUUAAGCCGGCCAUCGUGAAGCAGUGCAUUCGGGAAAUUGUGAGGGAGCGACUGUCUGGGAUGCAGUAUGACCCAGAAGAAGUUCCAGAGCUGUCCCGUUCACUGGCAGAAUGCAUUAAAGACAAAGUGAAGAAUGCAGGGUUUGACAGAUAUAAGCUGGUUGUGCAAGUGGUAAUUGGAGAACAACGCGGACAAGGAGUCAAGAUGUCUUCAAGGUCGUUAUGGGAUGCUGACACAGACAACUAUGCAGAAGAUGUUUUCAUGAACGACAGCUUGUUCUGUUUGGUGGCAGUUUUCGGAAGCUAUUACUACUGAGGACAUGAGGAUGGAUGACGGAAAUCUUUCAGAUGAAAAGUUGUGAGCUGAACAUCCAAAUGUGGCUGCUCACCUCCAGCACGUCAGGCCCACGGUGCUUUGAUCUGAACUAACUGAUGAUUGCUGCAUCUUGAGAUCAAGACACAUCCAGUGCAGAAGUUAUGGAUAUCUGUGUUGAUACUGUAGUGAUUUUAAUAUGAAGGAGGAAUUGAGCAAGAAUUUUAACCAUUGUCAGUCUAGUGCAUCAACGCCUGUAUGAUUAUAACCUUCCUUGUAAAUAUUAAAUGAAGUCCUAGUUUGAGUUUAACACCAAUUUGUUAUCUCUUGAAGUAGACAUACAUUUCAUCACAGAAGUAAUAUAAUUUUGUAUUUUUAAGACAUUAAAACUGAAAAAGAAUGUAAAUAAAUAAAUAAAUAUCAAAUGUCCAAUAAAGACUAUAUUUAUAAACAAAAUAUGACCUACAGUAGCAAUACUGAUUUGUUCUUAUGUGCACUGCAUUGUGUGACAUUGAGAUGUUGUAGAUCUACAAUAAACAAUUAAAAAGAUUUAAAACUUUUUCUCUGCCU